AUGGCAACUUCAUCGAGCAUGGUCAAAAGCCUGAGGCUAAAUGUAGGCUCUGGAAUUGCCUUCAUUGCGCCUGCAUCUGGAUUCGCGGCCUUGGUGAAGCACCGGUUAGAGCAAGCUCAGAAAUACUUCACUGAUAAGGGGUACAAGGUCUACUUGUACCCAACAUCCAGGCAAAAUGCACAUCCCAUAAGCUCUAACACGGCGGAGCUUCGUGCAAAGGACGUCAUGGAUGCUUUCAGAGACCCGGAUAUCAGGGCAAUAAUUUGCACCAUUGGUGGCAACACCUGCCACCAGCUGAUAGAGUAUUUGGACUUCGAGGUCAUAAGGCGUCAUCCGAAGAUCUUUGUGGGCUAUUCCGAUAUAACGUCACUCCACCUGAGUCUUUACAAGAAGGCUAACCUGUGUACCUUCUACGGGCCCAGUGCGAUCUGCCAGUUUGGCGAGUUUCCGUCGCUAUAUGAGUACACGGAGCAGUACUUCUUCCGGGCUGUUGCGCAAGACUGUCCCAUCGGCUGUGUUUUGCCAUCUGAGCACUGGACUGACGAUGAUAAGAGCGUGAACUGGUUGACCCAAAUGGACAGAACGCAGAGUCGCCAGUUCAAGCCAAACCACGGCUUCGAAUGGCUCCGGCCAGGCAAGGCAACAGGACCUAUACUCGGGGGAUGCAUCCCAGUAUUGCUCAAUUUACCUGGGGAGUACUACCCUGACUUCAGCGGAACGAUCUUGCUGCUGGAAACCCCAGAGGGGGAUCAGUUCGAUCGAGGCUUCUCCUUAGAUGAGGCUGACCGUGUACUUGGAGUACUACGACUCAACGGAACCUUCGAGAAGGUCCGGGGACUGGUCUUUGGCCGGGCAUUCCUGUACUCCACGGAGCAAGUGAAGAUCCUCCACCAGGUCCUACGAGAAAACACCCGGGGCUUCGAUUUUCCGAUCUUGUAUGGAGUGGAUGUGGGCCACAGCGACCCUAUGAUAACAGUGCCGCUCGGCGUCCAGGCCACACUCGAUUCCGACGCCAACUUGUUCUCAAUCGAUGAGGCAGGCGUCUACUCUGGGAGUUGA